UUUUAUAUCCAUAUAUAUAAAAAAUAGAAAACCAAACCAAAAAACCAAAAGGGGCGAGAAGAUGCUAACUAAAGCGGCAGUUUCGAUUUCAGUUUCAGCCUCUUUUGCUACUGCUGCCUCACCCAAGUCUCUAAUAAGUCCUUCUCAUAGAUUUCUGUGUCUGAGUAGACUAUCUUCUCUGCACUCCUUUUCUGGUUUAGGCAUCGCAUGGAGAAGUAGCAAUUGUAGUUACGACAACAAGUCUGCACGAACAAUGGAGAGAUUGACUUUUACAACAAGGGCAUCGGCUCAACCUUUGGAAAACGCCGACGAGCUUAUUGACUCCGUCGAGACUUUUAUCUUCGAUUGUGAUGGAGUUGUAUGGAAGGGAGAUAAAUUAAUUGAUGGAGUCCCCGAAACUCUUGAUAUGCUUCGAUCAAAGGGAAAGAGACUGGUUUUUGUUACCAACAACUCAACAAAAUCUAGAAAACAGUAUGGUAAAAAAUUUGAGACACUCGGUCUCAAAGUCAGUGAGGAGGAAAUUUUUGCGUCAUCAUUUGCUGCUGCUGCAUAUUUGAAGUCCAUUAAUUUCCCAAAAGAUAAAAAAGUUUAUGUGAUUGGUGAGGAUGGCAUCUCGAAGGAGCUUGAGCUUGCUGGAUUCCAAUACCUUGGUGGGCCAGAUGAUGGUGGAAAGAAGAUAGAGCUGAAGCCAGGGUUUUUAAUGGAGCAUGAUAAAGAUGUUGGGGCUGUUGUCGUUGGAUUUGAUCGAUAUUUCAACUACUAUAAAGUCCAGUAUGGAACACUUUGUGUACGUGAAAACCCAGGGUGUCUUUUCAUCGCUACAAAUCGUGAUGCUGUCACUCAUCUCACAGAUGCUCAGGAAUGGGCAGGUGGUGGUUCUAUGGUUGGUGCCAUCUGCGGAUCCACUCAACGUGAGCCACUUGUUGUGGGAAAGCCCUCAACUUUUAUGAUGGACUACCUUGCGAACAAAUUCGGCAUUCUCAAGUCUCAGAUAUGCAUGGUUGGGGACAGAUUAGAUACUGACAUUUUGUUUGGACAAAAUGGUGGAUGUAAAACUCUUCUUGUUCUCUCAGGUGUGACUAGUUUGUCAAUGCUUCAAAGCCCCAACAAUUCCAUACAACCUGAUUUCUACACCAAUAAGAUCUCAGAUUUUCUUUCUCUGAAAGCUGCAACUGUAUGAACAUGUAAGGACUUCGCAUUGCUGUUUUAGGCUCUUCUCAAGUAAGUACUUUGCCAACUGCUACCAUCAGAAAUAGAAGCCCUUACAUAUAGUGCUUGAAAUGAUGAUACUAUUUCAUUUCUUCUUCCAUGUUCUGCCCACGCAAAUGCAGUAAAAGGGCAGUGGUUCACAAUAAUUUUUAAAUUGUAAAAGUUGUUCAAAUGAAGCAAUGCAGAUUGUUCUCUUAGUAUUUGACUACUGUAAUUGCAAAUUAGAAGGGAUUUUGUCCA